GAUCAAAAUAGAAAUGGAUAUCACGAGGCGUUUUUGCAUCAUCUCCUUGAUAACUGUGCAUCUCUUUGUUGCUCCAUCGAGUUCCACUGACAAGUUAUUCGUUGCCGAUGCCCACGAGAACGGCGGGAGCAUCCUCAUGGCCGAAACCGACGGGUUAAGCUUCGUCAAUUCCACCUUCAGCACACUUCCCCUCACUGGACUCCGACAGCCGAUCGGUGUGGAGUAUGACCCAAGGACAGAGAUGGUUUAUUGGACGGACGCCUUCCUGCACACUAUUAACAGAGCCGUCAUUGACGGUUCUAUGCAGGAGGUCAUCGCUCAACUGGACCAGAUAAGCAUACCAGAAGAUUUUGAAUAUCCUUUUGGAAUCGCCCUGAACCUAGAUGAAGACAAGGUCUACUGGGCUGAUCAAUAUAGUGAUAGGAUCGAGAUGGCUGAUCUGGAUGGCUCUAAUCGAGAGGUUUUGAUAUCGACUGGUUUCAACACAAACGCGGCUGGAGUAGCUUACUCACGAAUAAGAAGGAAAAUAUUUUGGACAGAGCAAGGACCGGAGCCUAAAAUUGAGAUGGCCAACCACGAUGGCACAGGGCGCCAAGUCCUAGUUGAUAGCUCCCAACUUGUAAAGCCAAAUGGUAUAUGCCUCGAUUCUUCAGAGUCGAACCUUUAUUGGACCGAUACGGACAGAGACAGCCUAGAAAGCAUAAACUUGGAUAACAUGACGACAUCAAUACAUUUCAUGAUAAACCUUGAUAUUCAUCCGUUUGGAAUUGCAAAUUAUUUUGAGGAUUUAUAUUUCUCCGACAUUAUAACGGAAACUGUGUAUCUUGUCGACUUUCCCGAUCGCAUGCUGGCUCAAAUUGAUCGUGCUUUGCCCUCGCCUGUUGAUAUUCACAUCUAUUCAGAUACAACUUGUCCAGGCUUCAACCUUUGCGCCGCCACGGGGACAUGUGUUCUGACUACUCGGCAACCUGAGAACAAAUUUGUAUGCGUUUGCCGACCUGGAUACACAGGGAUUUCCUGCGAUGAAGAUAUCAAUGAAUGCGAUUCAGCACCCUGCGUUCAUGGGAGUUGCAGUGAACCUGAAGUGGAUUCUUACGAUUGUACCUGUCAACCUGGAUUCACAGGCCUCAAUUGCGAAACAAACAUUACUUAUUGCGACCCGUCACCCUGUACGAAUGGAGCCACCUGCACGGAAGAAUCACUAGGAUAUACAUGCGAGUGUGCUGAGGGUUUUACUGGAGACACAUGCAGUGAAGAGAUCACGUGUCCGUUGCCGAACCAUCCUCUUAGCCAUGUUUCGCAACCCCAGAGUACGUACAUGGCAGGAGCUCUGAUCACGAUUGAAUGCGAUGAGAUAGAUGCUUCUGUCGUUUGGAGAUGCAAUGGCGCCACCGGAGAAUGGAUUCAGCUGGCCGAUCUAGAUUGUCAAUCAGAUGAGCAAGGGUUGCCAAUAUCAGCUCUAAUAGGCAUUGUGGCUGGGGCAUUGUUCGUUCUAUUAAUUGGAAUCUGCCUAUGUUUCCUAUACAAAUUUGUAAAUAAAAGAAACCGGGAUCUUCCAUUAGCCAGCGACCUCCACGGUAAUACCAACCCUGCUGCCAAUCUACCAAUGGGUGCUGUAGGAGGUAUGUCCUACCCAUGCGCCGAAAGCAAGAUAUUAGGCCUGGAUGAUCCCAUCUAUGCUGCUCCUAAGGAUGUACUUUCUAAUGACUACACAUCGACAUACUCAACACAAAUUCCCCGUACCUCUGAAGGGAGUAGGUUAGGAGCAUUACCAGACACACCGAAAGUUGAUGAUCUCCCACCGGAAUAUUCUGUUUGUGAUCCUACCACCUCGGGUGGUGAGCUUGCCACACUUGCCGUGGGUAGCAUGUACGAGUCAAGGAUAGGCUACCAACGCGCUCCCAUCGACAUGACGCCCUCACCCAUGAUGGCGCCAAAGAACCUCAAUCAUCAUUAUUAUGAACAUCGGCCCCGUUCGGAAGCUAAGGAUAAGCCUAAUGAGUACUUAGUCGUCCAAGAAGAUUAGCUAAACAGAUUCAAGAACAUUUUAAUCCUUAUCGAACUGAGGGUCUGUUAAAAAUUAUGGUAAUCCCAUUCACUUUUGAGAUUGAUUUUUUUUUUUUUUAAUGUUUGCCUUGAAACAAGUCUAAUGUGAAGGAUACAAAUAAAAAUGCGCUUUAUUGGAGAAAUUUUGUGAUAAGGUAUGACAUUUUGUUUGAUCGGUUUAACAAUAAAUUUAGAUUUCUCGGUAUUUCCUUCAAAUAUAAAUCCAUAUGCCCUAGAAUGAUCAUUUACAGGAUACCAUUAUUGUCUGAAGGCUGUCUUAUAUCUAAUCACUAUAUAGAUUUAAAAGAUAAUUGCUAACGGGUCACUUUUAUUAAAGAAGAAAAUAAUACAUUUCUAAGAAAGGGCGGUCACUAGCUCAAUAUUCGAAAUUCAGCAUUUGGAAACGAUCAACAGAACUAAGAUGCAAUGGUCUCUUUACUUUUUGUAAGAUUAAUCCUCUCCAAAAACAUUACCCUUACCAUAGCUUUAAGCUGUGGGAAGAUUAUCAGAAUCCUCCCUGUUUAUGUGUCUAUUAUGCAUAGCAUGAUACUUGAUAUUAUUUAUUUCCACUACUAGUAUCCCGUAAUUAGUAACCAUCUGGAAUAAAAUUAUUGGAAGUGGUUUUUUGACUGAUUUGAGUAGGUAUGGGUGUCAACAUUUACCCCAAAAAAGUUAGGAGGAAUAUGCCACCACGGACCCGUUUCAUUAAAGGUUUCAUUAACUUUACCUUUUAGGAACUGCCAAACAGUGAUUUUGAUUGGCUUGUCCUUUUUUUUUUGUUAUAGAUUUAUAAAACAGACCACUGAUAAUUCCAUUAUCCCCUUUUCAUGAAUUAGAUUCGCUCUAAAUUCAUAUUCUACUGCAUGUAAUAUAACAUUUUUUCAUAAUGCUCGUCAUAUUUAAUUUGAAUUAAGUUUGAAUCAUCACGGGUAUUCCCAGCACAAGCUGCAUUUUGCUGGUUUCCCCUUCUGUUUUCUUCAUGAUUUACCAUUUAAAAUCAUUUAGAAUCAUUGUUACAUAAUAUAUUGUGUUUCAUAUAUCGUAGAUUUUCACGUAUUAGAUCCAAUGUAGGUAAACGCCAAACAUCAAAAGCCUUCGAUAGUAUAUUCGUUGCAGUCACUGGCGUACAUAUGUUGAAGGGGACUGCUUGGGUGCUAUGCCUAGUAUGCAUGCACAGACAUUUUUUUGGUGCAAUUCGCAUAGUGUAGAGUCUGAAGUAGUGAGACUAGAUUCAUUAUUUACCAUUGCCGCAUUUUAUUUGACACAGAGUUUUGCAAUUUGCAGUCUAGUUUUUAUUAUAGACAUAGUAAAAUUUAUCAAAAGUGUCAAAUAUGAGUAUUUGCUUGCAUACUAGGCCAUGCACCCCCCCCCCCCGUUUCAAGAUCAAGAAGGAAAAAAAUAGGGGACAAAAGAGAGAGGUAAAAGACAAAUGGGUUAAUUUGUUAUAUCAUUUUAUGAAUAGCAUGUCAAAAUCAUGAAAUUGAUCCACAUUGUGCUGCACUCAACGCGGGUAAAUGUGUACCUUACAGGAAUUAAUUAUGCGAGUACGCUGUAAAUAUAUAUUACGACCACCAAACUAAAUCCAUUGUAAUAAGUCCUUUUGAACCGCUCAGAGACGUUAUAAUCAUAAUAAUGUUAUAAUCGCUAUACAAGAACUGUUUAUUAUAAUGAUUGAUAUAUGCGUCUAUUUGAUUUAACAAUUGAGUAUGUACCCACCAAACAUACGGGUAGAAUUUUGGUAAUUGAUCAGAAGACUUAUACCUCGGUCACAUUUGCUCUACGGCGGCCGUACGGCGAGUCGAAAACAGCCGUUUUGACAUUUUUUUGUAAUAGCUACAUAUACAUGGUUUGAAUAAAAAUCAAUAAAAGUGCUGUUUUCGACUCACCGUACGGCCACCGAAGAGCAAAUGUGACCGAGGUAUUAGUAUUCCUGAAAUGAAAGAAUGGACAGAGUUACGGCUUGAAAAUUUGCCUGUAAAUUCAUAUAAAUGUGAAUCUGAUUCUGUUCUGUUCCAUUUCUUCAUCCCUAACCAUCGUUGACGAAUAAGAACCUUCAGUUCAGAGAGCGAGUACAUGCCGGGGAUUCAAUACAUUAUUGUACAGUUUAAUAUUAAUAUUGGUUUAACCAUCAAAUACAAAAACAAUACAAAUUAGUUAGAGAAUUAGACAAGCAACCUUUAUAAAUAUUGCCCUUCUCGAUGAUAUCCCAUAUGUGAAUGUUGUAAGUUCCAACAUCACUGAAAGGGUUCAUGUGAGUGAUCUUGUGACGUGAGGAAUCUUUAAUUUUUCACGAUCGUGAUAUCUAAACCUAUUUUGAUAAUCUUUCGCUUGCAAAGCUGCAAGGUUGUACAAUAUUGUUAUAGGUGACCUAUCGUGCCUAUUAGUUGAUGCAGCACGACACUGAUUUUAAAUGAUUUAAGUGAAUUGUGAUAAUUCUUUACAGUAAUAUGCAAAAUAAUAUAAAUAAAUGGUAUUACGUAGAAACAA